AUGAGUAUUGUGGCGGACAAUCAUUCAAAUAUCAUCCAAUCCAUUCAAAUACGCACCUUUAUCAUCAAAUACGCACCUUUAUCAUCAAAUCUGUCAAUAUGCCCUGCAACACCCACCGUGCCCUGCAACACCCACCGUUCUACUGCCUCGCAAGCUCGUAAAAGGACUCCAACUACCCUGCGCCUUCGUCUGUCCAAACCGCCUGUUCCGGAUGUUCCGGAUAAUGACGAGAAUCCAACUGAUGAUGAGAAGGAGGAUAAGGAGGAGGAGGAGGAGGAGGAGACACAGUCAGAAGAUCCUCGAUUUCUGCGAACACCUACCCCUGAGCCUGAGAUCUCAUUCAGGCUGUAUGAACGGGUGAUUAUCAAUGGGAUAAAGGAGCCUAUAAAGAUCAAGUUACGGAAUGUCACAACAAAUGAUAUGAUUGUCAGCUUCUAUCGUAUCCAAUAUACUGCAAAAAGAAUAGCUGAAGAGUAUGUUAUGAAGCAGAACUGCAAGGAGAUAGAAGUUGCAAAUUGUAUAGCAGUCAUCUCAUCAAACAAAUGUGGAUCUUCAAUCAAAAUCACCCUCGAGAGGGAGACAGAUUGGAGAGAGAUUAUCACUCUUUUGAAGGAGUUAUAUAAGGAGAAGAUGAGCGGAUUUAGCAUUGAGAUUACCACCUCUUUUAAUCUUCUUGAUAUCUCAACUUUAUCCUCAAACACCUCUGUAAUACGCGGUCCUGCAGCUUUCAUUGGAGUGUCGGAUUCCCAAUUAACAACCCAGGCAUUGGCAUCAAAAAGAGCAUUAGAUGUCAAAGAAGAAGUAAUCUCCCCAUCUGUCAAAUCCCCUCUCUAUCAUCCUGCCAAAUCCCCUCUCUAUCGUCCUGCCAAAUCCCCUCGAAUUCAUGAAAUAUCCGAUGACGAAAAGCUGCCGCCUACGCGUACAAGAUCCACGGCCACUAGCCAGCAGCUGAAGAAGGCUUGA